GGUUGGUUCGGCGUUACUUACUAUAGUCUCCCGGACACGGUUGUGGAAAAGUUGCUCUCUAACCGACACGUCGUCCGUUUCCAUUCUCCGAAACCAUAACAGUGUCCUCAGGCUUAAAAGCGCUGGAGGCGGGUGGAACAGUUAAAAACUUAAGCGACUUCGCAUCUUCUCUGGAUAUGCUGUUGAUGUGUAGCUAGCAGAGCUCGCUCGGUUUUAAAGAGCUAACCUGCUGCUGCAAGGCUGCUCAGCUCCGACGAAAGCCCAGCAAAGGAGGGGUCGCAGGGGGCGGGGCCACGGGAGCUUAUUGUGUUGGCAGCGAUUUGAAAUAUUAAUGUGGACCCAGCCUACUUUCCAGGCUCAUGUUGAUGUGCCUUAUGCACUCAGGCCGCUGCGCAAUCCCAUUGUCAUGAUCCAAAGUCCAACUAUUGCAACAACAUGCAGCAACUUCAACUACGGAAAGCACUGGAAAAGGAUUUCUCUGGAUAAGGAUUUGAAAUUAUGGGCUCAGUAUGUAUCAAGGAUGACUAAUAUUCACCUGUACAGGAGGUAAUCUACUGAGGCCUCAUGGUAAAAAGUAUCAUUGUUGCCUACACCCUGUGGGCAGUAGGUGGGCCUUUGGGCCUUCACCAUUUGUACUUAGGUAGAGACACCCAUGCUCUGCUAUGGAUGCUAACACUAGGAGGAUUUGGAUUUGGGUGGGUCAGGGAAUUUCUACGCAUCCCUGCUUAUGUUAGUGAGGCCAAUCAAGAAGGAAAUAAAGAGAGAAAAAGGCCUCCCACCUCAAUCCCUCCUCCUGUGAGUCCUGUCAGAUUUGCAGGACAGGUGUGUGUUGGAGUCUACUUUGGCACUGUGGCCAUGAUAGGACUGAACUCCCUCAGUUUCUUCUACUUGAUUGUGUUGCCUUUAUGUGUGGGUGCAGGGGUGCAUCUGGUGUCCAAUGUUGGCCAGCAGACAUCCGAUCUCCAAAAGACUUUGACUUCUUGUCUCGCAACCUCCCUGCUAUUCUAUGGCAGCACGUUAUCUCCUCUUCCUAUAAGCUUGGCUGCCAGUGUCACUGCUGCAAAUCACCGCACGUUCAAACCUCCACGGACACCUGGGAGCAAACAGAAAUUAGGUCCACGGCUUUAUAGGAUCGGUCUAGGUUGGCUGGCCUUCUCUGCCCCGCUGGCUUACUGUAUUUUCCACAACACCACAGCCACCCUGUACUAUCUGUCUGACUCUAUAGCAGCACUGCUGGAUAUUUUCUGGUUCCUGCCUUGGCUCAGAAGUGUGCUGGAGUACCUUCUUUUAAUGCCAUAUCGGAUAUUGUGUGCGCUUACUGGAGGAGGGUACUAUGAAGAUGCCUGGAGGAAGGUGCUAGAAAUACUGCUCAAAGAAUACACUGAGAGAGAGAAAGAGGCACUGAAGAUAUUGUCUCUGGGAGCAGAGGCCUCUCUUGAGGAGAUAUCUCGAAGUUAUAGGGAGCAGGCCAAGAAGUGGCAUCCAGACCACAACCCCAGCAAGGAUGCUGAGGAAAUAUUUGUGAAGCUCCAGGAGGCUUAUGAGGUCCUUCUGCGUUGGCACAGGCCCAAUCGAUUCAAUUAGUUGCCUUUUGUUCAUUAAAGGCUUGUUUGCUUUGUCAUUAUUUUUUAUUGUUCAUGAAAAAAUAAAUCAAGGGCACGCACA